CGCCGCAGAGCGCGCCCCACCGUGGGCCCCCAGCUCAGCCAUGCUGGCCUGUCUGCAGAGGACCCAGAACCCACCGGGCCAACACCUGGCCUGCCCGAGCAAGAGCCUGGAGCUGCGCAAGUGCGAGACGGCGGCCAGCUCCAUGCCUUCCUCCCGCUACCCGAGCCCGGCCGAGCUGGACGCCUACGCCGAGAAGGUGGCUAACAGCCCGCUCUCCAUCAAGAUCUUCCCCACCAACAUCCGCGUGCCCCAGCACAAGCACCUGAGCCGCACGGUCAACGGCUAUGACACCAGCGGCCAGCGCUACAGCCCCUACCCGCAGCACGCCGCGGGCUACCAGGGCCUGCUGGCCGUCGUCAAGGCCGCCGUCUCGGCCUCCGGCGUGGCCGCGCCCGCCGGGCCCGCCAAGGGCGUGCUCAAGAGCGCCGAGGGCAAGCGGACCAAGCUGUCGCCGGCCGCCGUGCAGGUGGGCAUCGCGCCCUACCCCGCGCCCGGCGCCCUGGGGCCCCCGGCCUACCCCAAGCCGCCCGAGGCGCCCGCCCCCGCCGCCUCCGUCAUCCCCCUGCCGGGCCGCGGCCUGCCCCUGCCGCCCUCCAACCUGCCCUCCAUCCACAGCAUCCUCUACCAGCUCAACCAGCAGUGCCAGGCCCCGGGUGCCGCGCCCGCCGCCUGCCAGGGCGUGGCCGUCCCCCACCCCAGCCCGGCCAAGCACGGCCCGGGGCCCGGCUUCCCCAGCAUGGCCUACCCGGCCACCGCCGGCCUGCCCGACUGCCGCAAGGGCACCGAGCUGGGCCAGGGAAGCACCCCGGCGCUGGCGCUGGCCGGGGCCACCAAGCCCGCAGGGUACGCGGACGGCGGCCUGGAUUACCUGCUGUGGCCGCAGAAGCCGCCCCCGCCGCCGCCCCAGCCCCUGCGGGCCUACAGCGGGGGCGCGGCGGCCAGCAAGUCCCCCGAGGCCUGCGGGGGGCGCGCCUUCGAGCGGCCCGGCGGGUCGCCGCUCCCCUGCGGCGCGGGGCUGCCCGCCGGCUUCGCCCUGGGCCAGUACUUCGCCGCGCCCUGGAACAGCGUGCUGGUGACGCCCACCAGCGACUGCUACAACCCGGCGGCGGCCACCGAGCUGGGGCCGGGGGCGGCCCGGGAGCUGGCGGCGCCCCCCGCGGACGCGCUGGCGGGCCUGCCCAGCAAGAGCGUGUGCAACACGGCGGUGCUGAGCAGCAGCCUCCAGUCGCUGGAGUAUCUCAUCAACGACAUCCGGCCGCCCUGCAUCAAGGAGCAGAUGCUCGGCAAGGGCUACGAGACGGUGGCCGUGCCCCGGCUGCUCGACCACCAGCACGCCCACAUCCGCCUGCCCGUCUACAGAUAAGGCCUGCCCGGCGGUCAGACGGACGGGGCGGGGAGGCAG